GUUCAGGUACCUGAUUAUCCUGGUUUAAAUGUGUAUAAUAACAGUGUUUGUGGUGCUCUCAGGUACGCGGUGAUCCUGGCGUUCGACGUGAAGGUGGAGAGAGAGAGUCAGGAAAUGGCCGACAGUCUGGGCGUUCGAAUCUUUUCUGCAGAAAUUAUUUAUCACCUGUUUGACGCCUUCACCAAAUACAGAGAAGACUACAAGAAGGCCAAGCAGGAGGAGUUCAAGAACAUCGCGGUGUUCCCAGCGAAGGUAAAGGUGCUCCCUCAGUUCAUCUUUAACUCCAGAGAUCCCAUCGUGAUGGGCGUCACCAUCGAGGCCGGGGUCCUGAGGCAGGGGACGCCGCUCUGCGUGCCCGCCAAGGGGUUUGUGGACAUCGGCAUCGUGACGAGCAUCGAGAUGAACCACAAAUCAGUGGAGAGCGCUAAGAAGGGUCAGGAGGUUUGCAUCAAGAUCGAGCCGAUCCCCGGGGAAGCGCCCAAGAUGUUCGGGAGACAUUUUGAAGCCACAGACAUGCUGGUGACCAAGGUGAGGAACAUAGAGAACUACAGGAGACACAGAGAACUACAGGAACAUAGAGAACUACAGGAGACACAGAGAACUACAGGAACAUAGAGAACUACAGGAGACACUCAGAACUACAGGAGACACAGAGAACUAAAGGAAACCAUAGAGAACUACAGGAACAUAGAGAACUACAGGAACAUAGAGAACUACAGGAGACACAGAGAACUACAGGAGACACAGAGAACUACAGGAGACACAGAGAACUAAAGGAAACCAUAGAGAACUACAGGAACACAGAGAACUACAGGAACAUAGAGAACUACAGGAGACACAGAGAACUACAGGAGACACAGAGAACUACAGGAGAUACAGAGAAUUACAGGAACAUAGAUAACUACAGGAACACAGAGAACUACAGGAACAUAGAGAACUACAGGAGACAUAGAGAACUACAGGAGACACAGAGAACUACAGGAGACACAGAGAACUACAGGAGACACAGAGAACUACAGGAACAUAGAGAAC